GGUUGUUUGAACAUUUUUCCUGUAUUGUCAAAGGCUAAAUUAUAAAUUUAUUCUGUUGUACAAAGCACGGAACAUAUGUCCCGGCGCGGGUCGCAUGUCACCGCGUGGGUCGCCUAUUGCUGCGCAGAUUGCGAGUCGCAUGUUGCUGCGCAGGUCGUGGUUAGCUUGUCGCUAAGAGUAACAGUGCGGCACUGUAAAAUAAAUGGCGACUUGCCGUGGGCAUUAGAACGAAAUGUUAUCGUCUACCAUGCAAUGAGGAACAAAACAAGAAGCCCAACAAACACCAAGUUAUUGCAGUGAAGUAGGGUACUGCCCAGUUUUAAUGUGUUUUGUACUUGUUACUUAAAUAUGCUGAAUAAUGUAAUUUUUAAACUAAAACAUUUUAUUUAAAAAUAUUAAAAAAUAUUACAAAAUAAAUUUGAUGUAUUAAUAAAAAAUGUUAGAUAAAACAUGCCAUUAAACUAAGAAUUAAUUUUGUUUCUCUAAGAUAAAGGAUAUAUGUAUGAAAUAUUCAAUUCAAUGAACUGAGCUAUGUAUUUAAUAAUAUUCUAGCAAUUGGAUAAACAAAUAAAAUGUAUUCAUAUUUUCUUCAAGCUUAAUUUGUAUAAUCCAGUAAUCUGAAAAUAAAAAAAAGUAAAAUGUAUUUCCAGUGAUGGGGUUUGAACCAUGCCAUAUACAUCAAGCAUCACAGCCAAGCGAUCUGCCACCAUGCUACAUAGUCUACAUAAACAUAAGAAAGAAGACUCUGUAUUAUCGAUAGUGAAAUGAAAUGGACAAGGAUCGUGAUUUGGCAGUUGCCCUGCAACUUCAAGAAAAAUUUAACUCUGAAGCCAGCUUCAAGGAUGUGAAUCACAACAAGAAAUUGGGCAAGGAGAACGCAGCGAAGUCAGCUGCCACCUCGCUGGUGGACACCACUUGGGAGUACAUAGACCCGACCCCCGAUGUCCAUGGCAUGUUCCAGUUGUUCAACAACCGCUUUUUCUGGGGCAAGCUCUCUGGGGUUGAGGUGAAGUGGAGCACCCGUAUGACGUCGUGUGCUGGUGUGUGCUGCUAUGAGGGGCGUGGCGGUCUGUGCUCUGUGCGCCUCAGCGCUCCCCUUCUCAAGCUGCGGCCACGGAAAGAUCUCGUGGAAACACUGUUGCACGAAAUGAUUCAUGCGUAUUUGUUUGUAACGAACAAUGACCGCGACAGGGAUGGCCACGGCCCAGAGUUCCACAAGCACAUGAACAGAAUCAACAAAGAGGCAGGCACCAAGAUAACUGUUUACCACAGCUUCCACGAGGAAGUGAAGUUCUACCAGCAGCACUGGUGGAGGUGCAACGGCCCCUGCCAGCACAGGCCGCCCUUCUUCGGCACGGUGCGGCGUGCCUCCAACCGGGCUCCUGGCCCCAACGACUUUUGGUGGGACAACCACAGGGCCACCUGCGGGGGAUCGUUCAUCAAGAUCAGAGAGCCAGAAGGUUUCAAGGGCAAGGGUGCCGCUAUUAAGGAAGGCUCUUCUGGUCCUACGAACAAUGUACAAGACAUUCGGAAUUUCUUCCCAAGUGGAAGUGCAAGUGCGACUUUAAAAAACACACACGAAAACCAUUCUCAGAAGUCAUAUACAGCCACUGUAAAAAAAAAUGUUGUUACUUUGAAAGAUAUCAACAAGGAGUCACGAGAAACUUUUGGGAAAAAAACUUGUGGAAAAAAAGCUAGCGGGACAGAUGAGAAAACUACUGGUAAGAUGGGUAAAAAAAUGGGUGGGAUGCUGGCCAAUAAAGGUGGGGGAACUCUGGUCGUGACUGGUAAGAGCAAGAAGUCGGAGGUGCCCAUCGUCCCAAGCAGCUCGAAGAACAGUUUCAAACCUUUCGGCGGGGAGGGCUACGUCCUAGGCAGUGACCCGAUGGGUGGUAAGGUCUGUGCGGGCGGCAGGAGUGGUGCAGCGGGAUGUCGCAACGGCUCGAGCACGGCAACAAAACGAAGUUUGACGACUGAGGUGGCUUCGAAGGGACAGGAAAAAGUGUCUCUGACAAAGAAGUUGAAGAACGGUGACUCGAAGCCCUCCGGUGACAUCGUGGAGAUCGCGGACAGCCCCGAGAAGAACCGCGGUGGUGACGUGCAAUGCCCGGUGUGUGGCAACGCCGUAGGCGUGGCCGAGAUAAACGACCACUUGGACGGUUGUGUGGAGUCGACGCCCGACCAACUCUCCGAUGCCGUGCACUGCCCCGUGUGCUGUGAGGAGCUGCAGGAACGCCAACUGAGCCAGCACCUGGAGACGUGCGUGGGCAGCGUGUUCUCCUGCGACGACGAGGAGAGAGAUGGAGAGGUGCCGGGGCGUGGGCGUGACUCCACCAAGCUGUACCCGUGUCCAUGCUGCAUGACCUGGGUGGAGCCGGACCUGAUGGAUCACCACUUGGACGAGUGCCUGUCCUCCCAGCUUUUGAGUGAGUUCUCCAACAAAACAACUUGCUAAAGUGUCAUAUUCUUUUUAUAUUGCAAAUGUUAUUUCACAGACCUGAAGUACAUUUCAUAUAUAUUGUUGACAGCAUAUUACAAAACUGUUAAUUCAGGAUGUUUUACAUAUAUUCAUGUUUUUAGUAUUUAUGUUAAAAAAACAGUUGUUUUGUAUUAAAGUAAAGUGGUAAAAUAAAUAAAUUCACAGCCUCCAGCUGUGAAUUUAUAUUCUUAGGGGCACACUUAUGUUUUUUAAGACCUCGUGUCCUUGCUCAGUUUUUAAUAGCGGUUUUUAUUUUACUUGAUUACAGCCAAAUUUUAAUGACAUGUUAAGGAUAUCUGUACAUUCUUUACUCAUUUUUAAGUAUUCAUUAUUUAUGUAAAAGUGCAUGCCCAUUAUUUUUUGCCAUUACAUUUUAUAGGUUGAAAUUAUUAAUUCCAGUUGCAGUAGCAAAAAAAAAAAAAAAAAAUGAAAAUUGUCUGUUAGUUUCCAGAUGUCUUCAUUAUGUAGAUUUGAUUUAGUUUUAUUUGUGUUUCAUCCUAAAUAAUUUUGUGUAUAAUUAUUGAAUUGAAAUGCUGUGAUUACUUCUCAUAAUAAUUUUUACAGCUGAUAUAAAUUUAUUAAUUCUAGAAUCUAGAGUGAUGAUAAUGAAUAGUUUUGCAUUCUUAAGAGUUGCCACAAAGCUGUUUGUUAUGAAUGAGUAUUAAAUCUCCUAAGUCAAAUAGGUAGAAGUUAAGAUUCAGAAAUCUUUUUUAAUUGAAAUUCAUUGAUUCAUGGGAACCCAACUGUAUAUUUUUUCUUGGUGUAGUAAUAGUUUUGCAUUAGGUAGAUAUUGUUUGUAGUUACAGUGAAGCUGAAUUUUGUACAGGUUUUAUGAGUGGAAAAUGUUCUUAAUGUAUAUAAAUUUUUUAUAAUGUUCCUGAUAAAGAAGUCUUGGAAAAUGAUCUAUUCGUAAGGGUGUUUGAAUAUUUAUAAGUUGUUGAAAUAAAUAUUUUUAUAAGUUAUGUAAAAUUAAUCAACUCAGUAAGUAUAGUUUUUGUUAUUUAUACCCUGGAAAGUGCAGUGUCAACAUUAGUCCUGGUGGUUUUAUUAUAUGUAUAUAUAAUGAUGAAUUCAUAUCUUUCAUUAAUAUAAUGCAAUUAUUUACACAUUAUGUAUUUAAGUUUAAUCUGGGUAAAUAUGUAGUAGGGCGGUAUUUGCGAAAAAAAAAAUGCUAAAAAUCCAAAAAUACUUUUAUUCUAUGCUCUUUCACUUCCUCUUUUCAAAACAACUGGCGGAGAUAAGAAAUUCCAAAUACUUAAGGAGAUAUCAAAUUUUUAAAUUUAAUCAUAUGUAGUUCAGCGGUAUUUGCGGAAAACAUUUUAAAAAUCCGAAAAUACCUUUAUUAUAUGGUCUUCAACUUCCUCUUUUCAUUAAAAGCGGCAGAGAUAAGAAAUUCCAAAUACUUUAGGAGAUAUAGAAUUUUUUAAUUUUGCUAUAGAAGACCGCUCAACUACAUAUUUACCUUAAUCGGACAUAAUGCUGGUAUGAUAGAUUGAAUUUAUAUAGUUUAAAAAUAAUUAUGUUAUUUGUAAUAAUUGUUACUUAAUGGGAAAAUAUUUUUCCCUGGAAUAUCGAAAGUAUCGAACUGAAAAAAAAAUACAGAAUCGAGUAUCGAAAGUGUGGUAUCGUCCCACCUCUAUUUUUUAAGUUUAUUAAAUUAAUUAAUUUUGUUUGUAUACUUUCUAGUUUAUUUGCAUCGGCCGACUUGAUGUCAUUCCAGAUUACUGAACAAUUUUCUAAUUUGGACCUUAAGGCAAAAUACAGGGAGAAUUGAGUCGGAAUUAGUAGCAUAAAAAGUAAUAAAUUUGAUCAUAGGAAGGGUUUUGUGGGAAGGCAUGUAUAAAUAGUUUACAUGAUUAUGGAAAAAUAAUUUAGAAUCUAGAAUAACACCAAGAUCCUUAAUUGUUGAACAUUUCGUUAUUACAGAGUUUUCUAAAAUAUAAUCAAAAAUAAGUGGUUGAUAUGAGUAGCGGAUCCAGAAGGGGGGCUAAGGGGCUCAAGCCCCCUCCAAAAGCAUCUGGGUCCACUAUUGUUUUAGUGUUUGCCUUGAUAAAGCCUAGCCUGAGCUGGGUCAAGCCCCUCCCAAACCAAAAUCCUAGAUCCGCCACUGGUUGAUAUUUCCUUGUAAGGAUAUAACGAAUGUUUUGUGUUUAUUUAGUGUAACCAGAUUAAAUUUACACCAAUUGUUUAUUUGGGAAAUGUCAUUUUGUAAUAAAAUACAGUCAUUCGGUGUUACUAUAUUCCUAAAUAUUUUUAGUCAUCGGCUAAAAGUACUCCUGUAGAAUGGUUGAGAAUUUGAGGUAGGUCAUUUAUAUAUAAAUUUAAAAUAUCGUCAUGAAAUCCGUGUUUACUGACCUCAAGCAAAUAGUCAAGUGUUGUUCUGCUAAAAUGCUUUCCCUUUAAUUUAGAUUUUUCUUCUCAAUUUUAUUCUUGAUGAGAAAUAAAAUGCUAC